GAUUGGUGGCCUGAGCCGAGCAUGCGCACAGCGUCGCACCUAACAACAUAAUAAACUAUAAGCGUGUUUACGGAGUUUAAAUGGAACAGUGACAGUUUUUAAGGAAAGGGAAAGCUUCGUAUGACUGAAGAGCAGAGGGAUGAAGUUCCCCGUGGAUCUCCUGGCUGAUGUUAGCCAGGCAGAGCUGGAACGGUUGGCCCACAACUACAUGAACAACCUCCUCUAUAGCAACCCCGAUUCUCCUGAACACCUCACCCUCUCUGACUCCACCCAGGUCACCAUAGACAUUUCCAGUGUGGGCUUCGUCCCUCUGUAUGGAUCCAGUGAUAAACAGAAGAUCCUGGCCCUGUUCUCUCCCAGUGACCCAUUCACUGCUGUGGCUCUGUACCUGCUGGACCAGUGGUGGGCAGUGGACGACAUUCUCAAGACAGCAGACCCUGCUCGAGAUGGAGCUCUGGGGGUGGAGACAGUAGGAGAGAGAAUAGUUUUAUACAUCCUUAAUCGUGUCAUCUAUAGAGUCAAGGAGAUGAGCUCUGAGGAGCUUCCCUUCCUCUGCCAUGGAGAAAAAGAUAAUGCAAAAAUCCUCUGGAAUAAUGGAGAGGCUGUUGGCUUCUACUCAGUCAAACCGUCAGGCAGCUUAUGUAGUUAUUUUUCAACCAGAAGCUAUCAGCUCCCUGUGAUGGACUCCAUAUUUGUUAGAAAAUGUCAGCGUGGUAAAGGCUUUGGCCUCCAGAUGCUGGAGGACUUUGUGCUCAGUUUCAAAGAGGACUGUCUGGGGUUGAGGUACCCCCUCACAAAAUCAAUGUAUAAAGUGUGUGAAAAAUACCUGUGUCAGUACCCAGGAGACACAGACCUGCUGUGGGAGGUAGAGAGCAUAGGUGGGCCCAACCAGAGGACCAAUAUCGCCUGCAAGAUCCAGGCCAUGGAUCUGAGCGCAGUAUCCAAGAGUCUCUCAUUCACAGAGGAAUCACUGAUUACUGCAGUGACUGAAAAGGAUGCGGUGAUGGAGGCAGUUACUACACAAAUAAAAGAAGCUGAAUCUAUGGAAUGCACAGUUGAAAUUGUGGAGGAAGUGACUGUGCUGAGAGCUACCAGAGUUUCAGAGCCUGAGCUGCCUGUUGCAGCCCGGGGAAGGAGCAGUGGCUCAAAACAAAGGAAGAUUGGAGCAAAGAUCACAGAGGACAAGUCAGAAAAAGUUAUCAGAAUCGAGGAUAUUGAAGCAGAAACCCCCAGAGAGGAUCAAGUUUCUGUGCAACAGAAGACAGAACUGCAUAAAGUCUCUGAAUUGGUGCAGACUGAGGCUAUGUUCAGUGUGGCUCUUGAAGAAAAAGGAAAGGAUGUAGUUGACACUGCACCUGAAGAUGCAGCAGCUACGAUGUCAGACAAACCAGCCACUGUUCUAGCCUCACAAGACCUAGAAGAAGCUGACAUUACAUCAACACCAACGACUGAGGUGCCACAAGUAGAAGAUGAUGCCACACAAGAUCUGAACAACACCUCUCAUGACUUGCAGAUAACAGUUGAGAAUGUGGCAUCAGAAAUUGAGGAAGCAGAGGAAGAGUGUCAGAAGGAAGACACCGCAAUGCUGGUAGAAUCUGUGGAAGUUUUAGAGGUACACAAGAAAGCAGAAACUCUAGACAAAGUGGGAGAGGCAACUCAAAUUGAGGUUACUAAUGAAAAGUCAGAAGAAAGAGUUACACAAUGUGUGGUAAGUGUAUCAACACAUGCAACAUCAGAGGAUGUUGAAGCUGGAAAAACAGGAAGAACUGUUGUAAAGGCCAUAAAAACUGCACAGAGUGAAACUCACAGACGGAGAUCUCAGUGGCACAGCAAGCCAGAGGAGGGGGUAAAGGAGGAAACAACAGCCCAGGAUGGAGGGAGAGUUUUGAGAGGAAGAACUUGUAUGACCACCCCCACACCCAAAUGCAAAUAUACACAACACAGCCAGAAAGUAUGUGAAGAAUUAGAGAAAGAGGUUGAUGAAGUGGCAGAGAAUGAAGUUUCUACAACUGAAGUAGUGGAGGAGUUUGCCUUAAACGAGGGAGAAGAACCAGAAGAAAAUACUACCACAAAAGAGGAUGUAGUUGCUGCGGAAAAAUUAAGACAAGAAAAGCGACAGCUGGAAGAUGAACAACUGACAAAUGAAGAGGAGAUAGAGAAACAAGAGGAGCCUGGGGUGGAAGACACUGUAAUGAAGGGGAGUUUCACAGAGCUUCCAGGUACAACAGAUGGAUCUGAGAAAGAACCAAAGGGUGAUGAGGUAGAAACAUCAGUGAUACAGUAUAAACAAGAGGUCUCUGAUGAUGAGAUAGAGGAGCCCCCUGUUGUACAGAAGAGAGCUUUGAGAGCCAGACGUAAAGUCACACCUAAACCUAUGCCUGCAAAACAAAGCAAAAGACAAGAGGAAGAGUACACAGAAAAAGCUGACCUGGGAGCAGGUAGUUCUGUUAGUGAAGAGAAAGCAGAUGAACAAACAACAGACAAACAGAUGGAGGAACACUACCAGGUGGAACAAGAGGAGACCGUUGACAAAACAGAAGAAGAGAUAUCAACCGAGGAGUUAACUGUUGGGGAAAAAGGUACAAUUCCAAAGGCAGAGGAAGCAGCAGAAAAUGUUCCUCAGAGUGAGGUGAACGUGGAGGAGAGCAAGGUAGUCCAGAAAGAGGAAGAGACUAAGGGAGAGACAGAGAAUGUAUCACUGAUGGAUGUAGAUAAGGAUGAAGAGGCAGACGACAUGAUACAAGAGCCUGACACUGUUGCUGCUGCUUCAGAAACAGUAAUACCUGAUGAAGUUCUAGAUGAGGCUGCCACACCAGUAGCUGAAAAGAAUCAGGAAAAGGCCAUUGGCUCUAAAAUCCCCAAGCUCCAAAAAGCCACUGUCAUCUUAGUGGACCUAAAAACAACCUGCCAUCAUCUUAGUGUGAAGGAGGCAGAAGAAACACCAGUUGAUGAAGAGUGUGUUGCUCCAGAAAAGGAACAGAUGGAGCUGACAGCAGCAGAAGAGAAGGACAUUUCUAGUUGUAUUGCAGAGGAACAAACACCAGUGACAGAAACCCUGGUGUUGGAAGAGGAGGAUAGAGGGGAAAAGCAAUACAGUACAGACAAAUCUGUAGAUGCAAUUGCAGAGGCAGACACUGCCAAGAAGGAAGAGCUAGAAGAAUGCAGAUCUGAUCAUGAAAAGGAAGAAUCUUGUAAUGUGGAUGAGGAACAAAAUGAAGCAGAGGAAUCACCGGUUAUUGAAACAAGAGUUCUUAGAAGUGGAAUAAAGACAGUUGAAGCAAGCUGCAAAUCCGCAAGUAGAAGCAACCAACAGCAGGAGGAAGACCACAUAGAGGAGGGUAUUACUGUAAAGGAGGUGGAUGAAACAGAAACAGGCAUUGUUGAGGUGGAAGGAGAGAUUAAAGCUAUGGCAAAGGAUGCCGUCACAGUAACAGUUCCAGUGGAGGAGAAACAGUUUGCCUCUGUAUCUGCACAUAUCCCAGAAACUACAGACAUUCCAGUAGUAGAUGAUGCUGAAGAGAACCUUCAACCAGCUGAGGUAGAUGAGGCAAUGAGCUUGGGAGAGGAAGAAGCACCAGUUGCUGAAACCAGAGCUCUGAGAAGUGGAACAAAGACAGUCACAGCUACACCAAGACACAAAAAAACAAGAACCAGAACGCAAGAGGAUGAACAAGAUGCAGAAAACAGUGAAGAAGAAGAACCAGCAGUGACAACAAGAACACUGAGACGGGGGAGGAUAGCUGCCUCUGCCACACCUAAAGCCAAAUCUAGAAGAACCCGUAAACAAAUAAACAAACAGGAAGAAGAGCAAAUGGGUGAAGAGGAAUCUCAAAGUGUCGAGAAAAUGGGAGAAGAGGAUGGGGAGCCUUUUAAGGAAGCAGCUGUAGAAAAGACAGAUAAAGAGAUGGAGGAAAACAUUGAGGAGGAGACAGGAGAAAAGGUUAAGGAGGAAGCUGCUUUUGAAAGAGAGGAAUGUUUAGAGUCAGAAAUAGAUGUGGAGGAAGGAAAAGCUGUGACAGAGGAAGGACAAGAUGUAGUGGAAGAGCAAUCAAAAGCCAUAUCCAAGACAUUUGCAGAAAGGGAGGUAGAGACCUCAGGUAAAGAAUGCAAUGAAAGGAAGCCAGUAAUAGGGGGUGAGGAAGUCGAACUACCAUCAGUUGCUGUAACUAGAUCUCUGAGAAGUUGUGGAAAGACAUCCAAAGCUUCUCCAAAGACAAAAAGCAAAAAGCAGCAAGAUGAAGAGAAGGAGGAGGGAGGGGCAUCUGCAGAAAAGAGUUCUGAUGGAGAUGAACCUCCAGCAGAAUCAAGAAUUUUGAGAAGGGGAAGAAAGUCUGUUUGUAGAAACCACAAACAACUCCAGAAAGAGGAAGAGGGACCAAAGGAAUUUGCGGAGGAAGCAGAUGUAGAGGAAGAAGAAGAAGCAGGGUUGGGAUCAUCCGAACAGCCACCAACAGAAGGGGAAAGGGUAGUGGGGAAAGCCCCAGAGGAGGAUAAAAUAGAAGCGGAGAAGGAGGAACUUGUUACUGUAGAAGUGGAAAAAGAAGAAAGAAUAAUGACUGAAGAGGAGGAGAACACAGCUGGAGUUACAGCUGCUGCAGAUCAUUUAGUACAAGAUUCAGCUAUACUUACAGCUAGUAAAGAGGAGGCAACACCUUCAGGAGAGGUGGGACAGAGUGAAGAAAUCGCUCCCCAGCUUUCUGAUCUCCAGAGUCUGACUGUGGUUUUAGUGGACCUUGAAAACCCUGAUCAUGAAGUCACAAUGAAAGCAGAAGAAACGAUGGCAGAGGAGCAUGUUCCUGGUUCCCCUGUUGGAAUAGAAAAAACUGAGCUGGAGAAGAUGGUAGGGUUUGAGGAGGAAGUGGAUGAUGCAGUCACAAUACAAUAUACAGAGGAGGGGAGAGCUGUGGAAACAGCUAAAGAAGAUGUGGCUGAAAGUGUCGAUGAUAAGGGGGAACCUAUAGUCACCAAAACCAGAACACAGAGAAGUAGAAAGCAAGCAGUCAAAGCCACGCCAAGACACAAAUUAGAAAGAAGCAGACAGAAAAAGGGUGAAGAAGAAAAGGAGGAAGCUUCAGAAAUUAUAGAAGAGGAACCAGCAGUUCAAGUCAGAGGUCUGAGAAGGGGAAGGAAGCCCAUCCCUGCCUCACAAAGAUGUCCAACAAAAAGAACACACAAGCAACUCCAGGAAGAGGCAGAAGAGGGAGGAGAGGAAUCUACAGCAAUUGAGGCGAGAGAGGCAGAGGAAGAAGACAAACAAGCUGAGGAACAACAGCUGAUGAUUGAUCAGGACAAGGGAGAGAGACUUGAAGAAAAGGAUGCAACUCAACAAGUAGAAAAUAUAGAACCAGAAAUCGGUGUAGAGAAAGAGGAUACUGUUACAGAUGAAGCUGUCAUACAACAAGAGGCUCCAGAGGAGGGACAGGCCAGCAGUACUGAGACAGUUGCAAAUGAGAACCCAGAGGCUCCAGUUGGACAAAGUGCUGAUGAGGGAAAGAACUCAGAUGAUAUUGCUGAGGAAGCAGUCAGAACACAAGAUACAAUGGAGAGAAAACAGUCAGCCUCCACAUCUGAAGUGGAGGAAACUACAGCUGGAGAAAGUGCACAAGUGACACUGUUGACAGCAAAGGACAAUAAGGCAAAAGGCGCUUCUGUGGAAAAGGAAGCACCAGUUAUUGAACUAAGAGUUCUGAGAAGUGGUGAAAAGACAAUGAGAGCCAUAACAAAAAGCAAAGCCAAAAAAAAAAAAGAUGAUGAGCAAGAAACGGGGGCAACUGGAGAGAAAAGCACAGAAGGAGAUGGAUCAACAGUGGAAACAAGAGUUCUGAGGAAGGGAAGAAGGUCUGCUGCUUCCACACAUUGGCGUACAUCCAAAAGAGCCCGCACACAGUUUCAGACAGAGGAAGAGGGAGAAGACAAAACUACUCCAGCUGAAGAGAUGCAAGUAGAGGAGACCAAAGCAAUGCUGGAAGAAGCUGAAGAAAAACAGGAAAGCACAGAUGAGAAGAUUGAAGAGAGCAAUGAGGAGGAAGCUGCAGCUCAGAAAGAAGAAAAAACAGAGCCAGGGUUAGUUGAGAUGGAAAAAGUAGAAGCUGUGGCAGAGGAAUCACUCACAGAGCAAGACACAGUGGAAGAGGAACAGUCUGCUGUUUUAGAGACAUGUGCAGAUAGAGACAGAGAGGCUUCUGUUAGGGGAAGUGCUGAAAAGACACCUAAUACAGAUGAAGGAAAGGUUCCUGGUGAGGAAGAAGCACCAACUCUUGAAACAAGAGUUCUGAGAAAUGGUAGGAAGGCAGUAAAAGCCACACCAAGAUCCAAAAGUACAAAAAGCCAACAGGAAGAAAAUGAAGAAGAGGCGACAGUAGUGGAAAAGGGUGCUGAUAAAGAUGAGCCGGCAGUAGAAACAAGAGUUCUGAGGAAGGGGAGGAGGUCUGCUUCUGCCACACCUAGGCGUAAAUCUAAAAGAGCCCGUACACAGUGUCAGCUGGAGGAAGAGGGAGAAGAAGAAAAUAGUCCUGCUGUAGAGACUGAAGGAGAGGAAGAAGAGGCAGGGCAGGAAUUGCCUGAGGAGAAAGGGGAGAAGGCUGAGGAAGAAGGAAAGAGUUUGGAAAUAGAGGUGAAGAAAGAGAAAGAUGUUGAAGAGGAAGAAGUUGAGAGUGCGGAAGGGGGAGAAUCUGCUGUAGGAGAUGCAGAGCAGAUGAAGGUUGCAAUGACAGAGGAAGCAGCAGGGUUUGAAAAGGAGGACAACAGCGUGGCAGCUGUUGAUGAGCCUGGUACUGACAUGGUCAAGAUUUCAUCAGCUGAAGUAGAAGAGACAAACUCAGCUGAGGAAGAGGAAACCACAGUCAUAGAAAAAUCUACUGCUGAUACAGAAGUGGGAUCUGACACUGUCAUUGCUGAAGAAGUGGCACUAGUUAAAGAUGCAUCUGUGGUAGCAGAGGAAGUAGCUCCAGCUGUAACAAGAACACUAAGGAAAACACAAUCUUCACGAAGAUCCAGAAGACAGAAAGACCAAGGAGUAGUGGAGACUCAGCAGCAGGAAGAGGAAAACCUUGAGGAUGAGGGAACACAAGAAGCGCAUCAAUUGACUGAUGAACCACCUGAAAACAGAGAGCUAAAUGCUAAGGAACAAGCAGAAACUGUGGAAACUUCACCUACUGGACAGGGGACAGGGCCUCCAUCUGAAGAUACUGCAGAGGACCAGACAAAGGAAACAGCUGAUUUGAUAGAUGACAGGGUGGUAGAGUCAGCAGGUGAAGAACCAGCAACAGAAGAAAUGAAAUUACCAGAGGAAGAGCUAUCAGAAAAUAAAGAUAAAACUGUAGACUCCUCAGUAGUACAAGGCAGACGUCUUAGAAGGAGAAUGGAAGCUGAUGCAGACAAAGAAGAGGAAAAAGCAGAAGAAAUCCAACUUCCAGAACGAAGAUCCAUACGAAAAAGACCAAGAGUGGAUUACAGGGAAAGUUAUGAGGAUGAGGGAGGUGAGACUGAGGCAGCCACUGACAAAGAGGAAGAGGAUAAAGUGGGAUCAGAUGAGGACAAAGACAAGAAGAAAGCUGAAUGUUCUACCGAUGAACUGAUAGAGAAGCUAGAGGAAAGCAGUAGAGAAGAAAACCUACAUAAUAACAUGGGAGCUAUUGAGAGUACUAGUGAAAAGGGGGACGUCCUAAAUUUAGUAUUAGAUACAGAUGAAGAGGUAAAGACUGCAGUUAUAAGUCAAGAGGAUAUGGAAGAUGAGCAGAAUGUGUCAGAGGAAGAUGUGGAGCCUAUAGUGAUCGGUAAGAGAGUUUUAAGAGGGAGGUCAGUUCCUUCAGUAAUAUUCACACCCCAGUCUAAAUCCAGACGCCGCAGUGCUAAAGUUCAAAAAGCAGAAGAGUCUGUCUGAGCCCUCAGUUAUCUCAGAAGAGAAGUCUCAGCAAGAGAAAAGGUACUGAGGCAACACCAACUCGCAAAUCUAACCUGUUGUAGGCAGCAGUGUGCCACAGCUGUAUAAAGUCUACCCAAACAUAAGAAAUAAGGCCGCACAUUGAAGGUCAUACUUAUACUUGAGGGUUCAUACUUAUUAAUCAGAAUCUUGGGAAGUGUUUUUGCCUUUUCCCUAUUUCAAUGUGAACAUCAAUUAUAUUGUUCAUUUAAAAACACCAAGUUCAUGGAGGUCUGCACACAACAUAUAAAAAAUACAUAUAAAAAAAUCUAAUGGGACCAAAUUGGAUUUCAUUUGACUGUUUCUUAAAAAGCCAUAAUUUGCAUUUUAAUAAGAAUUCUUAUAAGUGGUGAAUUAAUAUUUUUAUAUUGUAAAUAUUUUCUUAUAUUUCAUUAACAAUGUGAAUGUCUAGUUUGCAUUGUGUAAUGUAGUGGUUGAAGAUAAUGUUUUCAGUCACUUUUUUUUUUAGAUAUUAUUCUAGCGACAAAUCUCUCAACUAUAGGUUUUGGUAAUUUUUUACUCUGAAACAUGCAACAAGAUCCAAUGACAAAUAUGGUGAAAUAAAAUGUAUUGGUCUUUUUUAAGUUUGUGAAAACCUCAAACAGAUUUUUACUCUACAAAAGGAACCAAUAAUUUUGUAUAGGUUUUUUUGUGUUGUUUAGAAUUUGUGUACUUUGAUAAAAAUAUUACCAAAACAUGUUCUUUCUUUGGGUCUAUCCGCAGAACUCAGGUCUUAAUAUUAACAUGUUCUUUUUUGAUAUGCAAUUUAAAUGUAGAGAUUUUAACAUGGAGAUCUGUGGGUGUUAAUGUACAUCUAACAUAUAAUCCCCUCACGUGCUAACUAAUCCCUUGUAGAGAGGACGAUUUUCUCAAGCCAUCAUAUAUCCAACAUCCUCAAUCAUGUUAGUGUUGUUUUUGAUAUGGUGAUAUUAUUUAGUAAACAUCUUACAUUGUGUCAUCAAUGUCAGUUUGAGUGUUGUUUUUGUUGUAUCAUUUGGAACUUGGAACCUAACAUUUAUUUAGCUGUGUGAUGUAAAAUUGAUAUUUUACAAAUGUAUUUGUGCUUAAUAGCAUUCAUUCAAGGUCAUUUACUACAUGUAUUUUCCUUUUAAUAAUGUGUUAUGUAGACUAACCACUAACCUUUCUCUGUAAUGUUAUUUUUCCAUGAACCUAUUUUCUGUGGCAAAUAAAGAUUUCUGAAGAUAGUA